CAGGGCAGGCUCUGCCGCAGCAGCGACUCAUCCCGUCGCUAAGGUCCAGUUAGCCAAGGUGGAGGAUGGGAAAAGAAUGGAGCUGUCCCAGCUCCUCAAUGAGAUCAGGGCAAACUAUGAACAGCUUCUCACCAGAAAUCAGAUAGAGACGGUGCUGUCCACACGGAUGCAGCUAGAGGAAGAUAUAACGAAGAGAAUGGACAAGGAUGAGGAGGCUCUGAAGGCAGCUCAGGCCGAACUCAAGGAGGCCCGCCGCCAGUGCCACCACCUCCAGGUGGAAAUCGAGUCUCUCCACGCCGUGGAAAGGGGCCUUGAAAACUCUCUGCAGGCCAGUGAGCAGCAUUACCAGAUGCAACUGCAAGAUCUGGAGUCGGUGGUUGACAGACUAGAGAAGGAGCUGCAGGAAGUGAGGUGCGGCAUCGAGAGGCAGCUUCAGGAGCAUGAGAUGCUUCUCAACACGAAGAUGCGCCUGGAGCAGGAAAUUGCCACCUACCGCCGCCUACUAGAACAGGAAGAGCUCAGAUAUUAUGGUUGUAUCCAAGGAGAGAAAAAAGAAGAAAAACCUACCAGGAGUAAAGUCGGCUUUCUUCUGCCCUCAGCCAUUAUAAAUGAAAUAUCUUUUUCAACGAAAGUCUCACAAAAGUACGAGAGUGAAAAUGGGGAGACCACGACCAAACAGGCAGUGUUAAAUGGAAACGUGAAGGAGAGCGCGGAAGCUCGCGGCACCAUUCAGACAGAGAAAGUGGAUGAAGUUAUAAAAGAGUGGGAAGGUUCAUUCUUUAAAGAUAACCCCCGGCUGAGGAAAAAGUCUGUUUCUCUUCGAUUUGAUCUCCACUUAGCAGCCACCGAUGAAGGCUGCUUACAGAGCAGACAGGAUAAUCUGCCAGACAUUGAAGUCAGGCUCAUCAUGAGAAGAUCAUGUAGCAUCCCCUCCAUCAAGCCCCCGCCAGCCACCAACUAACCCUGAAUAGUAUCUAUCAGACACUAGGAUGGACCCAGGUUGGCCAUGCCGAUGCCCAGCCCCGAAUGUAAGUUAUUCCAUGUGUACGGAUAAUGUUAAGAUGCUGUGGGCUGUGGAUCGCUUCAGAGAACACAUAUCAUAAGAGGUAAAGUUGCUAGGACCCCAAAGACGAGCAUAUUUUUUUUGGAACGGGGAGUGCUUAAAAAUAAAUCAGAAAUUCAGU